AUGCCUAAGGAAUCGGCACUGCCGCAUCAGGCCCGACAUCGUGAGGCGCAAGAAGAGAGACAUGUUGGUACUACGCUAAUCGUUGGAGCCGGUUGCCGGGAUCUUUGUGUGUAUUUUCUUUUAACCCAUCAAAACACCCCUGAAUCUCCGUUAUUCCAACUUCGUGAGAUCCAUUUCUGGAAAAUGCUUCAUCCAUUUCUCCCGUGGCGUGAUCUCCAGUGUAAGCGGUAA